AUUUAUUGCACUCGUCAACUUCCGCUUCCGGCAGCUUUGUUGAUAUUGGCAACAGGAUGCUUUUCGUUUAGUCCGAGUUUGAAAGCAAUGAAUUUGUAGAUCAUUUGUCAAACAAUCAUCAUGCCGAGGCCGAAAUAUUUCACCCCAAAUGAAGUGUCUAUUCACAACACGAUAGAUGAUCUCUGGGUCUCAUUUUUGGGAAAAGUGUACAAUUUGACUCCGCUGUGUGAACAAUACAAAGGUGAUGUCCUCCUUAAGCCAAUUAUUCAGUCAGCAGGAAAAGAUAUUUCACACUGGUUCAAUCCAAAACUCAAAGAUAUCCGCACCCACGUUGACCCCCUGACAGGCUGUGUGAUUCCGUACUGUCCUAAUGGCAGGUUUGUACACAUCCCACCACCCUACCCUCACUCUGACUGGGCCAAUGACUUUGGUCGGCCAUGGUGGAAGGAUGAUUCCUAUCUGGUUGGAAUACUCUCCAAGAAGACAAGAUUCGCAAAAAUCAUCAACACCCUCACAUCACAAGAACAGGUGAUCGAGGUGUGUUCUGAAGAGAUUAUGUCUGAGAUCCUGGAUCGCUAUCUGAAGUACAACAGCCAUGCUGGCAGCUACACGUGGAAGUAUGAUGGCAGGAACCUGGACAUGAUGAAGACUUUGGAACAAAACAGCAUCCCCGACGAGGAUGAAGAGUUCUACAAGCUGAGCAUGAAUGACGAUACAUUCCUCCAGGCUAUCCAUCUGUACUUCAACGAUGACCUGACAGAGGCUUAGACUGUAAUCUUGUAUAUCUGUUGAGCAACAUCCACAAUGGUGAGAAUUGUGAUUCUGGAUGUUCUCCAAGGAUACAUCAUGGAUGCCUUACCAGUUGCUGUCAUCUCAGCAAACCAUCUUCUCAUCAAGAUAUUGAAGUAUUAUCAAAUACCAUUACUUUCUGUGAGGAAAUCCUUAAUUUUGUAAUAUUUCCUUUGUGGAAUUGCAGCUUUUAAAUUUUCUGUGUGUCGAUCUAAAUCAACUAUGUCAUUGUAUAUUAUAAUAUUUGUUAUUAUUGAGUUUAUUUGUUGAAUAUAAAUUAUAAUUAAUAAGAUAGACUGAUUUUGGAGAGAGCAUUUAUUUGUGUACAUACUAUGUGAACAAUUAAUAGAAAUAAAUUUUAAAUUUAAAUUCCUUAUUGUAAUAAAAAAUCAAUAAUUUAUAAAA